GCAGGGUUGUUCUCACCAGGAACCGAAUUUCCCAGGUUUAUUGUCCUUGUAGGAACUGCCUGGCAGGCGUUACUGAGGGAACAAAAGCAUAUAAAAGUAGAGCAUUGCCAUCUGGCUUGUUGAAAAGAAAGACCCAUCUGCAGUGGAUGAUGACUGACCGUGGUUGCAUAAAAAUCCUUGUGUUGCUUCUAGGUUCCAAAGUUUCAGAGCUCUCUAUACCAGUGCCGUGGGGAGAGAUCAGGGGUAAAGUCUGGGGUCCUGAUUACGGUCGGCCUGUGCUGUGCCUGCACGGCUGGGCUGACAACUGUGGUACAUUCAACACCCUCAUUCCCCUUCUACCCAAAGAGUGCAGAUAUGUGGCGGUGGACAUUGCAGGUCACGGUUUGUCCUCCCACCGUCCUGUCGGAGUUUUCUAUUCAUUUCCUGCAUACGUGGCGGAUGUACGCAGAAUCGUUGACGAUCUCCAGUGGACAAAAUUCUCCAUCAUAGGCCACAGUAUGGGAGGUAACAUCGCUGCAACGUUCAGCGCACUGUAUCCUGAGAUGGUGGACGCCGUCGUCCUGCUGGACACUUCUGGAUUUUUCCUUAUAGAUGUGACAGAAAUGUCCAAACUGAUGAGGCAGGGGAUGGAUGAGAUGCUUCAGUUUGAAAAAAAGACAGAAGAGAAGAAAAGAGUUUACACAUAUGAGAAGGCAAUUGAGAGGAUGUUGACUGCAAACCCGACUCUGUCCAAACAGUCUGUGUGCAUCCUUUUAGAGCGCGGCCUAGUUCAAGUUGAAGGAGCAGGUUUUGUGUUCUCCAGAGACCUGCGUGUUCAUCUUAAAAACAUGGCGCACAUCAGUUUGGAGCAGAGUCUGGAGAUGCAGUCGAGGAUUCAAGCAGCUGUUCUUGUAGUUCUAGCAAACAAAGGCUUCUCUUUGCCAGGAUCAAACAGACAGAAACGCACCUUUGCACUUCUCCAAGGCUAUUGUGACAGAAACAAAAGACUUUCAGAGAUUGUUUACUGUAACCAGCCACGUAAUAACAUUGGAGGCAUCAGCAGACUACCGGACCGUGUUUUUAUUGUGUCACUCCAACCUCAAGACAGCGAAAACAAGGAAGGGCAAAACAUUUGACCAUGUAUACACAAACAUACUGGGAGCCUAUAAAAUGCAUUAAUCACCCCACCUUGAACAAUCUCAUCAUCUAGCCCUCUUCUUGACUCCUUCGAACAAACCCCAUAUCAGUGGACCCAAGCAUCCCAUGAAGACUGUGCAAAUCUGGACUGACGCACAAUCACACUGGCAUUACAGGACUGCUUCUCGGACACAUAGUGGAAGCUUUUUUACCAUUCAGGCAUUGAGCACUACCCUUUAGCAGUGUUGGCAUAUAUCAACUUCUGUAUUGACACCGUCAUUGUCAAAAAGAACAUUAAGGUGUCCCCAAACCAGAAGCCCUGGUUCUACUGUAGCGUGUCAGUGCUACUUAAAGACAGAGAUGCUGCACUCCAAUCAGGUGACAGAGGACUACAGGAAAUCUAGGGCAGACCUGAGAAGACGUAUCAAAGAUGCUAAACAAAAACACAAACAGCGCAUUGAGGAUGACUUUUAAGGAGAACAAUCAUUGUACUAUGAGGCAAGGCAUCAGUAAAAUCACUGACUACAAACCAAAUCACUAUCUUCCCUCCCGGAUCAACCCAACUCAUUUUUUGCCCACUUUGAGGAUAGUCCCAGUAAAGAACUACCCAUGAUCUUCAUCUCACACGGAGGGGAGGAGCAACUCACACUCCACCAAUAUCAGGUCUGGCAGGUCCUGCAGAACAACAACAUCGGAAAAGCAGCUGGUCCAGACAAUGUCCCAGACCGCUUACUGCAGGCAAGUGCCAGCCAGCUAGCCGCGGUCUUUACAGAUAUUUAUCAGUCCCUACGACAAGCCACGGUUCCUGCCUGUCUAAAAAUUGCUCCCAUUGUCCCUGUCCCUAAGAGUUCAGCAGUCACCAGUAUAACUGAUAACCAGCCCAUUGCACUUACCCCAGUAAUCAUGAAAUACUUUGAAAGGCUUAUAUUAUCUAACAUCAAGGCCUGCAUCCCUCCCAGUCUGGACCGUCAGUUCGCCUACAAAGCUGAUAGAUCAACAGACAAUGCUAUUUAACUUGUACUCCAUACUGGCCUUCCUCACUUAGAAAAUUCCAACACCUAUGCAGUGAUGCUCUUUGAUGCUCUCUUUGUUGACUUUAGUUCAGUUUUAAUUCCAUCAAUCCAAGCAAAUUAGUCAAUAAGCUGCACUCACUAGGGCUAAACUCUUCCCUAUGUCUGUGGAUCAGACAUAGUACACCCCAGCAAGUUAGAAUAGGCAAUUUCACCUCCUCCACUAUCAUCAUCUAUACUGGUACCCCACAGGGAUGAGUCCACUCCUUUACUCACUCUUCACACAUGACUGUACUCCCAUCCCUAGUUCUAAUUCAAAUUUAAAAUGUAUUCAAAUUUGCAGAUGACACAGUCAUAGUGUGACUAAUCACCAACAACGAGGAAUCAGUGAACUGAGAGGAGGUGGAGAGUCUAGUUGCAUGGUGCAAAGUCAAUGACCUGAUUCUCAACACCAAGAAGACAAAGGAAAAGUAAGAGAGUCCAGCACACGUGAAUACACAUAAAUGGGGAAAAGGUUGAGCGAGGGCCCAGUUUCAAAUAUGUUACUGUUAGUGCACUUAUCUGAGGACCUGACCUGGAAAGUGAACAGAGCCCGCUUGGUAAAGAAGGCCCAGCAGCGCCUUUUCUUCCACACUGUGACACAUAAAACUCUUCCGAGAUCUCCUGAAAAACUUCUACCAAUGUAAAGAUGGUAUGUCAUUAUAUCCUGACAUACUGCUGCACAGUGUGGUACUCAAGCUGGUCAGCAGAAGAAUGGAAGGAUUUCCAGAGGGUACUGAAGACUGCACAGCUCCCCUCUGAACCAUAUCCACUCUAGCCAUCUCCUCAAACGUGCCAGGGACAUCAACAGAGACCCCUCACAUCCUGGUCAUCAUCUGUUUGCCAAACUUCCUUCUGGCAGGCUGAAGAUCAUUAGGACAGGGACAAACCGUCUAAAGAACAGCUUUUUCCCAAAAAUUGCCUUCUGCUGAAAGUUUAGAUGGCUUUCAUGUGCGCAUACUAUCUGUGCCAAUCUGUGAAGAAUGCACACUGAAAUGCACUUCAUCAAGGAAGCUUGGCCGUGACCAGUUGGUUUUAAAUAUGAAAUGCAUGCACUAUUUAUUGCCAUUACCUCAUUUUUACAAUGCUGUUAUAGCCUAUGCAUUUUAAUGUCUGUUUUAUUGCUUGAUUUUAUUCUUUUAUAUUUUUAUUGCUUAUACAUAUAUGCUAUUUUAAAGCUGCCAUAUUCAACAGUUACCUCCAAACAGCAUUUCAUUGUAUAUUUAUAUACAAUGACAAUAAAAGUAUCGAUAUCAGUCUAUAUGUUGACAUCAAUUUACAUGCGUGUUUUACUAUAUGAUAUGGUUUUAAUACAGGCAAAUAUUCUUUACUUUGCCCUUUAGUUGAUGGUUUACCAUUUACAAUAUGCGCGUCCAUGGGUGCUGCCAUUGUUGUGUUCUGUCAGACAACUGCUUCUUCAUGAAGUUGCGGUAGAUGGAUGGUUGCCCCGAGUUUACAAGUAGGAACUCCGACUUUGAGUGGCUUUCCUUUGUACUUUUUCUAGUUGGAGGUUGGAAAUUUUCGAGUUCUGAGUUGUCUGGAAUGUAGCAUUACUGGGACACUUAAGCCUAGUCCACAUGUACACUGAUUUUCCUCCAUUUAAAAAAAAACCUUUGUCUGCAUAAAAAUGCAAAAACAUGCUUUCAAGCGUUGUCGAGAGCAUGCCAAACCACCAGGUGGCGAUAUGACUCUUACCAUAAAGUCACUUUGGCCAAUCAGAGACUGAUAAAAUGCAUGUAAAUUGAUGUAGGAAUAUUUUGUCAAAGUUAUAAGGUGGCUGGUUGCAGUAAACAAUCUCUGAAAGUCAUAUUCUCUACCCAAAGGUUAUUCAGGAAAAUGUUAAAAAUGACAAAUUUAAAAAACAUUUGGAAAUAUAGCCAACAACUUUUUCUGACUUUUGAGGAUGCAGCUAGAAGGAUACACAGUUAGCGAGUAGCCUAACGUAUAUUUAUCACGUUUUUAAUAAAAUGGCCAUCCUUUUAGUUUACACCAAGUGCACUGCUGAGGGUUUAACUUGCCAAAGAAACAUAAGUUUGUCACGGUCAGCCAUGUUUAUUGUUUACAUUUAGCGUCAUGCACCAACAUGCAACUUAAAUGCACGAAUGAGGGUGGAAGUCGAAUAUUUCAAGUUGGAAAUUUCCCAGUUCUGACCGGUCUGGAAUACGGCAUUACUGUCUACACGGCAACACUGCAAACAGAGUUUCUUAAAAUCCUCACCCUGGCAGGAGCUUUUAAAAGUGUUCAGUGUCAGUGACCUGAUACCGCUUUUACGUGUGGACAAAUGGCCAAACCGCAUAGAAAAAGUCACGGUUUUGAAAAUACCCAUGUACAUGUAGACAGGGCUUAAUUGAACUGAGCCAUAGUUAACAAAAUUUGUUUCACCUGUGCUUUUCUUGCUAUGACAAGUCUGCUGUGAGAAAGUCUGUAGUCCGUCAGUUUCACAAAACAAUAUACAGAUUAUACAAGCAAACAGAUAUUAACAUGUGGGCUAUAUAGGCAAUUCUAAAACAAUUUCAUACCAAUAUGGACAACAACAAAACAACCACAUAAUGAACAAAUAUAUCUGUGGCUACACUACAAUGUCAGUGAGGCUAUCAUGAGUCACUGUAGUUUGUGAUAGCUUGAUUUAUACUCCU